UGGAUAAACACCUUUUCGCGGUUCUUAUAAAACGACUUCCACGAUUUGGACGUCACAGGAAUCUCAUUGUUGCCGCCAAGAGAACUACAGCUGAUAUUUCAAUUUUUUCAAGUAAAGAACAAAGAUGUUGUCCAGUCGUUCACCAAGAGCAACCCAAGAAAUUACUUCACAGCUGAGAAAAACAAAAAUUAACGACGAAAAUGAGAUUCCUGAAAACCUUAAAAACACAGCACUGAACAACAGAAAAGUACUUGGAGACAGUAAUAAGCAAAACAUCAUAGAAGUCAAAACAGUUGAGCCAAUCAAGAAAAUAACAAGAAAACCAAGAAAAGAGGAACCACUGCUUGAAGACAACCCCCGACGAUUUGUGGUCUUUCCCAUUCAGUACCAUGACAUUUGGCAGAUGUACAAGAAAGCUGAAGCCUCCUUCUGGACGGCAGAGGAAGUUGAUCUCUCCAAAGACUUGGUCCACUGGGAAGCCCUAAAGGAUGACGAACGUCACUUUAUCUCACACGUUCUGGCCUUUUUUGCAGCAAGUGAUGGAAUCGUCAAUGAAAAUCUGGUGGAGAGAUUUAGCAAAGAAGUGCAGGCGACAGAGGCAAGGUGCUUUUACGGUUUCCAGAUUGCAAUGGAGAACAUUCACUCUGAAAUGUACAGUCUUCUCAUUGACACCUACAUCAAGGACCCAACAGAAAGGGACUAUCUGUUCAAUGCCAUAGAAACAAUGCCAUGUGUCAAGAAGAAGGCUGACUGGGCCCUGAAGUGGAUUGGGGAUCAGGAAGCUGACUAUGGAGAGAGAGUAGUGGCCUUUGCUGCCGUAGAAGGAAUUUUCUUCAGUGGAAGCUUUGCUGCCAUCUUCUGGUUGAAGAAGCGAGGAAUCAUGCCAGGACUGACUUUCAGUAAUGAGCUCAUCAGUAGGGAUGAGGGAUUACAUUGUGACUUUGCCUGCCUGAUGUUCAACCAUCUUGUAAACCGUCCUUCACAACAAAGAAUCUACGACAUUAUCUGUGAUGCUGUAAAAAUUGAACAAGAAUUCCUCACUGAAGCCCUGCCUUGUAACCUCAUUGGAAUGAACUGCAAACUCAUGAAACAGUACAUUGAAUUUGUUGCUGAUCGACUACUACUUGAGCUGAAAUGUGAAAAGGUGUACAAUGUUGAAAAUCCCUUUGAUUUCAUGGAACAAAUUUCUUUGGAGGGAAAGACAAACUUUUUCGAGAAGCGAGUCGGUGAAUACCAGAAAAUGGGUGUCAUGGGGGGAAAUGACUCUUCAAGCCAUACAUUUACGCUUGAUGCAGACUUCUAAAAUGCUCAACUGACUCUUGUGCUUAUUACCGAAAAUCCAAUUCAUUUUAUGAUUCAUUACAAGAACAACUCAUAUUUUUUAAGUACCAUGCAAAUUUUUUUACUGAUUUUAGUAAUAUUUUGAUGUGUUCAGUUUAAAAAGUGUUCAAAAACUUUUAUUGAAUCUUAUAGUAAAUAGUUUUAAUUUAUGUGCAAUGAUUAAUUUUUACAAGCAUACAAGCAUACCUCAUGUAAAUUUUUAUGUUCUGAAAACUUCAUUUAUCAUGUAUCAUAUUUUAUUUGUGUGCCAUUUUAAUUUUUUUUUUUAAAAAUGGUGAAGUACAGUUUAUUUAUAAGUGUGCAAGUGAACCUUAGUGAAUGUUUGUUAGUGUUUUAUGAAUGACUCUAAAUAAAUGUAUUAUAAAAAUU